AUGGCCGGGGAUCCUCUCAGCAAGAUCGAGCAGCUGUGCACGUCGACCGAGACGAUAAGUUCGGUGUAUGCGAAGCUGCCGAAUAAAGCCCCCGGGGAUAUCGCGCAGGAUUUGUAUGGGUCGCAUCACCUCGCAACAAUAACAACCCACGCCCCCUCCUCGCGCGGCACAACCAAACCCUCCGCGCUCGACUGGGCGCAGCAAUGCGGGCAAUUCGGCACCACGAACCCCUCCCCGCUCUUCCUCCACGCCUUCCACGACCUCCUGCAAUGCCUCGACCGCGACGCCCUGGCCAACUGCGUCUCGCCGCUGCUCUGCGGCACCACGGGGUACGUGCCGCUCACGAUCAUCGGGCCUCUGAAUGACCAGCUCCGGCACAUGUCGAAUUUGAUUGUGCGGGCGAAGAGGGAGGUUUGUCUUGCGACGAAUUUUUGGAAGAAGAGUGGGGCCAGUACGUUUGUUAAUGAUGCGUUGGUGGAGUUGUCGAGACGGGCGGGGGAGAGGGGGACGCGGGUGGUGGUUAAGUUGAUGUAUGAUCGGGGGGCGUUGAAGCAGUUCCUGAACAACCACCAGAACGUCUCCUCGAAAGACUGGCAGACCGCUGGGGUUGGUCUGCCUCCUCCUGAGGAGAUGCCGAACAUCGACCUGUCGAUUGUCAAUUUCCAUCGUCCGCCGCUGGGGACGUUCCAUAGCAAGUUCAUGAUCGUCGAUCGCCAAAUCGCCACGGUGUCCAGCAACAAUAUCCAGGAUAACGAUAAUCUCGAGAUGAUGACCCAUCUCGAGGGCCCCAUCGUCGACAGUCUCUGGGAGACCUUCAUCGUCUCCUGGCACAACGAACUCAAACCCGCCCUCCCCACUCGUACAACCCCCGCCGCCACAACUUCACCACCAACCUACGCCGAACCCUCCUUCUCCACCCUCUUCGAACCCAAUGGGACAUUCCGCCUCCCGGAAAAACCACCCCCAAACCCCUCCCUCCCGGAACACAUGCCCUCCUCCCCCUCCUACGACCCGACCAUCGCCGCCGAAAUCGACCGCAUGCGCUCCGUCCUGAACCCCUCUUCCACCGAGCGCUACGUCGACGCCAUCGCCAACCACCUCAACAAACCCACCGGCCUAGACAUCAAAGCCACCGCGCCAGAGAAACCAGCAGACCUGCACUUCUUCCCUUUCAUCCCGGCGCCGCAGGCCGAGGCCGUGCCCAUGGCCAUGUGUUCGCGGAAACCGUAUGCGAACGUGAACAACGAGAGUGUGUUCGUGCCGCAGAACGAGGCGUUUUUAUCAUUGAUCCGGAACGCGGAGAGGAGUGUUUUCAUCCAGACGCCGGAUUUGAAUGCAAAGCCUUUGCUACCGGCGUUGAUUAGUGCGGUGAAGAGGGGUGUGGAGGUGACUUAUUAUGUUUGUUUGGGAUACAACGACGGCGGCGAACUCCUCCCAGGCCAAGGCGGCACGAACGAGAUGAACGCCAACCAUCUCUACUCGCAACUCGACGAGGACGAGAAGAAGCUUCUCAACGUCUUCUUUUACGUCGCCGCGGAUCAGGACCACCCGAUCCAUAAUAGUUUCAAGCAGAGGAGUUGUCACAUCAAGCUGAUGAUUGUCGAUGAAAGCGUAGCAAUCCAAGGCUCCGGAAACCAAGACACUCAAUCCUGGUUCCAUAGCCAAGAAGUCAACGUGAUGAUCGACUCGCCCAUCGUCUGCAAAGCCUGGCGCGAAGGCAUCGAGCGGAACCAGAACACCGCCGCGUACGGGCGCGUGAAGGAAGACGGUUGCUGGUACGACGCGCAGGGCAAGCUGGCGGCGGGGAGUUAUGGAAACGAUGCUGGUAAAUUUGCCUGGGCGAAAGGGAUUGUGGGGACGGUUCAGAAGGCUAAGGGUGUGUGA